AGCUCUAGGCUACCCGGUCAAAAUAAAAAUCAAUUUCGGCUAAGCACUAACGUCAAAAACUCAAACCCUCAAAGCAUCGAAUACGUGUAUAAUUUCCACACCACUUCUUUCCUUUAUACUCUUCCCACCAAGAAAAAGAUCUCACAAUUUCCUCUUUCCUUUUAUCUCUUCCUUCCCUCCCCUACUAUCCAUCUUUAGACGUUAUGGUUCCCAUCGUGUUGACCCAGAUGGCUACCGGUUUGGGUGUAUUGGCCGGGGCCGUUUUUGUCAAAUCGGUCAUGGACCAGAAACCCAUGGCCGGACCGUUCCAGAGAUGCCCCACUUGCAACGGCACAGGGCGUGUCUCGUGUAUUUGUUCCCGCUGGUCGGAUGGCGAUGUCGGUUGUCGGACUUGCUCGGGGUCGGGUCGCAGGGCUUGUAGCAGUUGCGGCGGAUCAGGUACGGGCCGCCCCAUUCCGGUCCAACUCAUUGUGCGUCAACCAACCAAUCGAAGCUUCUAAUUAUCGAGAUUUUGCUGUCCUUGAAUCACGACAGUCGUAAGAACACUUAGCUUACUAUAAAUUGAUCUAUAUAUAUAUAUAUUUUUAGGAAUUUUAUUGUGUAAUAUAUAUAUGAGAGUGGAAGAGAGAGAUAGGGGAGGUUAGCAUCUUAAAAUCUUGUAUUGCAUUCACUCUAUUCAGAUUCUUAUCAAAGUUCAAACUGAAUUUAUAGCUUGCUUACCUGUAUGGUAUUUCUUGAUGAUUUUAACUACGCUUAAGCUAACUAGUUUUUUAAUGCAAAAUUAUAGUGCUUUUUUUUUCGGAAAUUAGAGAAUUAUUUGUAAAGAAAUUCAUCCUUGGCAAGAAUUCGAAUUCCAUGAGUUAUAUAAAAUGGGUCUUCCUAUCAGCAUUUGAAUUAUUAAAAAAUUAUAGUUGAAAAGUUCUUUUUCUUUUCUUCUUUAUAUAUUGUGAAGUGAAGUUGACGAAUUCAAGUGAAGAAUGAAAGAUUAAGAAGCAAAAAUAAUGCACCACAUUGUGGGAUGUUUGGAUAUUGGUAGUUGUUUCUAAAAUUCAUUUGGUGGGGAAUAUAAUAAUGCACAAGGAUGCCAAACUUGUUGCUCUAGUAAUCAAGAUUUAUAGAUAUUUACUAUUUAAACUAUUUGUUUUUUUUUUUUUUAAUGGAAGAAGAGCUUAAUAUAAGAUUUGUUGCAUGGCAACUUAUCAGGGCAUGCAUGAUGGCGCAGACAUUGAAAUGGCCUAAUAGGCUUAAAUCUUAAUGCUGAAAAGCUGAUGCUUUUGUUGACCAAGUAUCCACAUAAUGCAGACUAGCUGAGUGGUCUCAAAUAUUAGGGAGGGAUGCUCAUUCACUCCAUUUCAUCUGAUUGAGUUAUAAAAACAUUAGCAGUUAAGAUAUAAGUUGUUAAAGAAAUAACAGUUGUUUAUUAUUAUUAUUAAUUUUAAGCAAAGAAAGAGAGGAGACCAAGUCAAGGCAGAGUCCAAGUGCAUAUAAUAUGACCGACCUUAUUUAAUAAUGGAAGCUUCAUAGUGGACUAGGUUUUUGCGACUAAGUCAGAUUGCUACUAUAAUACAUGCAUCCUAAUUUCUCAAUAUUCUCAGUCACCUUAAGCCCCCUAUCUCCUUUUUCUUUGCAUCCCUAAUCUACUCUUAGUAAUGGCUACGGUUCUUCUAAUAUAUUAUGAAUUGAGUCAAAUUUAGUUGUCGAAUAAUUAAAAUGUUAUUUUUUUAAUAAAUAAAUAAAUUAUAAUAUAAAAGAAUUUUAAGGUUUUUUUUUUUAUCAAUUGAGUUUUAGUUUAGUCGACAUCAGAGGACGUGGAUUGAAAUACAUCUAAUCUAACCUUUUAUUUAAAAGUGAGAAAAGAAUCUAGUUCUACACAUUGUAUAAAAAAAACACCACCUUUUUAUACAUCUACGCCACGUCCCUGUAUGCAUGUAUGUACGUAGGUAUGAAUGAAGGAAAGAAAAGCUGAUUUAUUUACCAGCAUUUGUUGGGCUUUGGAGUUCAUAAAUGUUUAUAAACCUGAAUAAAUAAAAUUCAUUGCAUCUAAUUCCACACAAAUAUUUGUUCAUCACUAUAACAUCUACAAUACAAAAAGAGGCAUUACAGUUUCUACUAAUACAAACAUUCCCCCACAACAUUACAAGUCUUCCGCUCUUCUUCCGACGUAAGGAAUGGUAUGAUCAUCGUUGUCAUCCCAACAUUUUAAUCGCUCUUAAAGGUUGUCUCUUAAUUGUGUCUCACUUGGGAGUGAAAGC